ACUUCCCUCAGUAAAAUUAGAGACUAAGAUGGGUUGUUUUUCUUUGAAAAUCGUCAAGAUUACAUAUAGAACGUUUGGAGUGUAAUGAGAAUAACUUGGUUAGGUGCCAAUUUAUGCCUAAAAUGCCAGACAAGUUUGCAUGUGGUGAUCGGAGUCUAGUUUCAGUUGUGGCUUAUGUUAAUUCAAUUUCCCUGGUUUGAUUAUCCAUUUCCACAUAGUUAGUGUCAUGUUGACAAAAAAAAAUAGAUUUAGGGUCUAUACAAAUACUGUUUAGUCUUCAAAUAUGCGCAUUUUGAAUUGCAAAAGAAAAAAAUACUAAAUAAAAUUAAUUCAAACAAAAGCUUUCAAUAGAUUACUUAGUGUUAUUCAAUAGGUGAUUUAAAAUCAAUUUUCAAGUUUUGCAAUCAAAUAAAAUUCCAAAUGUAAAUAUAGUUUUUAGUCAAUGAAUUUUAAAAUCUCUACAGUUUACCUUAGAUUUAGAUUUCAAUUAUUUAUUCAUCGAAAUCCACCACAAAUAAUUUGAAAUCAAUUUUAAAUACAAAAUCUUUCUAAAUUCUUUGAAGUUGAAUAACACUAAAUUUUAAAUUUUAGAUUUAAAUUAUUCGCUGAAUAACACCAAUUUAAAUUAGAUUUAUAAAUACCAUAUCCAAUAAUACUAGAUUUUAAAAUAGAAUUUAGAAUCAUCAUUUGAAUAACAUUAAAUUUUACUUAGAUUUAAAUUCUAUUAAAAUAUAUUAUUGAAUAACACAGGAAAAAGAACCCAAUUCAAUCAAAAGUUGACCAUUUAACAUUUGGCAAAAAAUUAAUUAAUAUUCAAAAUACAAUAACAUUUGAAAUUUAAUGUAUUUCUAUGUUUGCAUUAUCAUACUAAUUAUUAUGUUGAAUUUUAUUGUAUUUCCAAAAAAAGUUAUUGACUUUUCUGCGAAAGCGUGCGAGUCUUAAGUUUAUAUGGGAGUCUUAAUGUGUAUAUAAGACUUGUUAGCUGUUGUUAUAUGACAGAUAUCUACACCUUAUUUUAAAAACUUCACUUCCUAAAUAAUAAAAGUUAAAGAUAUUUGUUUUCAUCUUCUUCGUAUUUCACUAUGGCAGAUGAGAGACCUAACCGCCCUAUGUAAGUUUUUAUGAUUUUUUUGUUUUUCUAUUUCUUAUUCUACAAUAUUAAUAAGAAAAUCUGUCAAAAUUGAUUAUUUUCUCUUAAAAUUAAGAGUGGUUUAUUUUUUAUUUUUGGUUGAAUCAGAUAACAGAAUUUUUAUAUAUAUUGUUAAAAAAAUUAUGCUCAUGGUUAAAUAUUAGUAAUUUAUGCUUUAAUUUUGUUAUAAAUCUAAGUUUUUCAUAUAUAAAUACAUGAAAAUUUACAUCAUUCUUUUAUUUAGUUAAUGUCAUAUCUUCCAGUUUAAUCAAAUAUUUCAAAAUAAACAUAAAUAUUACAUAGUGAAUAAUACAUAAAAUGACAAACCAUUUUCCUUUGUGUUAAUGUCUUCAUUAGGGUGAGGAUAGAUUGGUCGAAUCUUCUUCCUGAACUUUUGAGAUUGGUAAUGUUUCGUCUCCUUGUAAAAGAUACCAUAUGUGCAUCCGCAGUCUGUAAGGCAUGGUAUGAAUCUAGUGUUUCUUGUCUGAUGAAUAACCGUCGUCCAUGGUUUAUGAAAUACUCUUUAACAUCACAUAGAGGGCCUUGUGAGUGGUAUGAUCCCAUGCAGAGGAUGUCAUACCUCACAUAUAUCCCAGAAAUAAUAGGCAUGUCGGUCUAUCACGCAAAAGAUGGUUGGUUGCUUAUGUACAAAGAUGGUUCAUCCGAGUCAUUCUUCUUCAACCCAUUUACUCGAAAGCUUAUAAAUCUGCCUAGUUGCGAACAUUAUAACGAAUCUGCGGCUUUCACAUGUGCACCCACGUCAGAAGGUUGUUUGGUUUUUGGUGUGACAAACAUCGACAGAGACAACAACUUUGUUGGAAUCAACACUCUUAAGAUUGGAGAAACCAAAUGGGAGACUACUCAUUUUAAGAGUUUUGGAGGUCUUUUCACUUCUAAAAUCAAUAUUAUUUUUUUGGAAGGUCUCGUUCACUGUUUUGGUUGGUUAGAUUGGAUUCCGGUUUUUGAUCCAUCCAACCGAACCUUGGUCAACCACAUGGCAGAAUAUGAUAGGAGCCUCGAACUUUCAUCUGGAUGUUACUUUGUAGAGAUAAAAGGAGAUAUCUUCUUCGUAAAAACAGGUGGUGAGAAGCUACGAUUUUUUAGAUUAAAUCGAAAUAAUAAAGGUUGGAGUUGGGAAGAGAAGGACAAAAUCGAUGAAACGUCAACGAUCUUCGGGGCUUCUUGCGGAUCUGUAUGUAGAUCAGACCUUCCAACCAGUUUGAGAAACAAGCUACUCUUAUCCAAUGCACCUCACCCGAUGAUCAAAACUUAUUUUUCUGAUGGAGAAAAGUAUCUCACAAAUGAUUCAGGCACUCCGUUUUGGGAUAGACAUCCCAAAUAUCAAUGUGUUUGGAUUGAACCUCCCAAACAAUGCAUAGAUUUUAUUUGAGUCAAGCAUUUGACAAAGAUAGCUCUGCAAAACUUUUAUUUUCUUGUUGUUUCUGGUUUAUUGUUGUCAAGUUGGUUUUGUUUUAUUUUAUUAUACAUUUCAGUUAUAUCUAUGUUUCUGCUAAAUCUAUAAAAUAAUUUGGAAAAGAAUAAUUUACUGUACUUACAAUUGAUUAUCCAAAAAUCAUAACAAUGUUUUUUUUUUGUUUUUUACGACUUAAUACAGAAUUAGUGUUUCUUAAAAAUAUAUCAGAAUACUAAAGGUUAUUGCUCUAAUAUCCUUUUUGUUUGUAUUAUUUGUAAAAAGAUCAAAUGUCUAUAAACCCUAAAGAUAAACCAUUAAUCUUAUGUUGAUGAAAAAACAUUUGAUCUUAUGUUGCAAUAGAAAUUCUAAUAAGAUGAAUUUUGUAAUAACACCAAAAAUUAACACUAAAUUCUGAAAAAAACCUUUUCAAAAAAUUAAAACAUAAGGUCAAAAAACCUAUUAGUCAAUGUACGAAUUUUGCUAAGCAAUUAAAUUGUGAGGGUGUUCAUAACUAAUAACUUUGAAUUUUUCAGUUAUUUUGGUGAAUCAUUAAUUUUCAAGCUCAAAAUAUAUUAUAUACCAUUGACUAAAAUAUACUUCUACAUUCAAAAAAAAUAAAUGCUAUUUUAUUAACUAAUGCCACUAUUGAGUCAAUUGUACAUCCAAAAAUAGCAUGAGGUUUAGAAAAUCUGACCAACAAGCAUGGCUAAUAAAUAAGUGAAGAAGAACAAAUCUAGUACUCUUAAAAACACUAAACUCCGAUAGACUGAAAGUAAAACUUUGGUUUAGUUCAAAGAACCGGCUUAAAU